AUGCUGGUUGCUUUGGACGAAAACGGCAAAGAACACAACCCUGAUGGGCAUCCCAACAUUAUCAAGCUGUUUGGUGUCAUAACCAGGUCUAGGCCAAGGUGUAUUCUCUUGGAAUAUGCUGCCAAAGGUGAUCUCCUGCAACUUUUGAAACAGCAGACUAAAAACAACGUUGCUUGUCUACAAGGCAGCUUUCUCCGCUACGCAGUCCACAUAUCACGUGCCCUGAAGGAGCUCCGACGUCUGCGCAUCGCUCACGGUGACGUGGCCGCCCGAAACGUCCUCAUCAGUGGAGACGACGUCGCCAAGCUGUCUGACUUCGGUCUGGCCCAUGACGUGUACACCACAUCCACGUACAUCUCCUCAGGUAAGAACGACGCGGAGGAACUCCUCCCUCUGAAGUGGAUGGCUCUGGAGUCGCUGGAGACUCGUAAGUUCACGUGCGAGAGCGACACGUGGUCGUUCGGCGUGCUGCUGUGGGAGAUCGCCGCGUUCGGGGAGGAGCCCGACUAUCAGCACGAGUUCCGACUGAGUUGUCCCAGAUUGGUCGGGAUCCUGAGACAGGGAUAUCGUCUGCAGAAACCAACAGAAUGUCCGGACAGACUGUAUGACGUCAUGAAGUCGUGUUGGCAGGAGGACCCGUCAGCCAGACCAGAGCCGGCAGAACUUGAGAAGAAGCUGACAGACUGUCGUGAUGAAAUAGAUCCACUGUUCGUCAUCGAGAAGGUGACCACACUGUAG